CCAGAGCAAGAUGGCCGACACGAUGGCCACUGCCGGGGCCGGCAGCUCCGGAACGAGAUCAGGAGGUAAACAGUCCACGAACCCCGCUGAUAACUACCAUCUGGCCCGGAGGCGAACCCUGCAGGUGGUUGUGAGCUCCUUGCUGACAGAGGCAGGGUUUGAGAGUGCUGAGAAAGCAUCUGUGGAAACAUUGACAGAGAUGCUACAGAGCUACAUUUCUGAAAUUGGGAGGAGUGCCAAGUCCUACUGUGAGCACACAGCCAGGACCCAGCCCACACUGUCAGAUAUCGUGGUCACACUUGUUGAGAUGGGUUUCAAUGUGGACACUCUCCCUGCUUAUGCAAAACGGUCUCAGAGGAUGGUCAUCACUGCCCCUCCAGUGACCAAUCAGCCAGUGACCCCCAAGGCCCUCACUGCAGGGCAGAACCGACCCCACCCGCCGCAUAUCCCCAGCCAUUUUCCUGAGUUCCCCGACCCCCAUACCUACAUCAAAACUCCGACGUACCGCGAGCCUGUGUCCGACUACCAGGUCCUGCGGGAGAAGGCAGCGUCCCAGAGACGUGACGUGGAGCGGGCACUCACUCGCUUUAUGGCCAAGACUGGCGAGACCCAGAGUCUUUUCAAAGAUGACGUCAGCACGUUUCCAUUGAUUGCUGCCAGACCUUUCACCAUCCCCUACCUGACAGCUCUUCUUCCAUCUGAACUGGAGAUGCAACAAAUGGAAGAGACAGAUUCCUCGGAGCAGGAUGAGCAGACCGACACAGAGAACCUCCCUCUUCAUAUCAGCACGGAUGACUCUGGCGCCGAGAAGGAGAACGCCUCUGUCCUGCAGCAGAACCCCUCCUUGUCGGGGAGCCGGAACGGGGAGGAGAACCUCAUCGACAACCCCUACCUGCGCCCUGUGAAGAAACCCAAGAUCCGCAGGAAGAAGUCCCUCUCGUGAGCUGAGAAGGAAGCCAGCCUUGUACAGAGACGUGGACACCACUCUCCUGGGGGAGUUAAAGCCACGCGCAGGAAGCAGAGAGGGUGGCCUCCCAUGGUCCAGCCGAGGCUGCUGGGGUGUGACUGGGCAUGAUUUGAAUAGUGAACUCUGUAUUAAGAUUUCCUAUUUUCACUGGAUGUUUGGGUUGAGGAAGAUAUGAUAUGAUGGUAAUAACGAGGCUUUCUUAAUCAACCAGGCCCUACUGUGGGAGCAGCCGGUGACUUCAUUUAUUAUCAUAGGACCUGAUCCCUUUGCAACCUGAAAGACCAGGGAAGGCGGCAGGAAAGAAGGGGUUCGGUGCCUUCUUUGCUUACUGCCAGGAAGACUGUUUGCCUAGUUUCUGUUUCAGGCUAUCCAGGCCCCUUGAUUGACUCACAAGCUGUACACCGGUUUAUCGUCCUGGAACUCCAUUCUUACUUCCCUCCUCACCUGUGCUCCAAGUACCCUGUUUAGCUGACCCAGGGCUCCUUUGCCUUCCAACUGUCACUCCUUGACCUGGGCCAGCAGGAGUCAGGAGGUGUGAGCAGGAUCACGCGGAGGAGGGUGAUGCAUAACAGCGCCCAGUUCUUUCAUUGCAUUUGGUGAACUCCCCCUACAUUGAAGCAACACUCUCUCCUGAAAGAUUGGCAUUUAUUGUCUCUCUGUGGAAUGUGUGCUUGGGGACUACCGAGUCCUGUGCCAUCCCGGGAAGAGAGUUUUCUCUGCCAAGAGCCUCUGCAGUGAUACAUUAUGCUGUGACUUGCUGGAGGAAUCCGAUUUUACACAACAGGAAAGGGGUUGGAUGGGGGUGGGGUGAGAUCUUGAGGGCUGAUUGGCCUUGUUUUCUGAGCGCUGAGAUGCCUGGUCAGCCUGCUGGAAGCCGGCACAGACGGAAAGGGAAAGCCACGGUCCCGCCUUAUGGCGGAAGUGGGCUGAGAGGAGCCGGCAGCCCAGGCCAAGGUGUUCAAGAAGCAGGUCUGCAUCUGUUCAGCCUCUUUGUGGCCUGGGGAAAGAUUUCAUCCUUCCUGUACCCUAAAGAUCAGAGCACAAGUGUUUGAGGAAGAUGCUGGGCAAGCUGAUACCCUUCAGCUGGUAUCCGAAAGGAGAUUUAAAAACCAGGCCUAAGGAAGAAAAAUGCCAGUGACACCUGGAAGUUAGCGUGGGACAAAUGAGUUCCCUGGGUUAGCACCCUAAGUCCAUAUUGAACUAUUCUCGUACUCGGCUUCCACAGUCAUCUUUUUUUCUUUUAAAAAAAAAUUUUUUUAUUGAUUUUUGUUGUUGUUACAGAGGAAGGGAGAAGGA